CCACUCUCACUCACAUCUCCAUUGGUGGCCAUUGCGAACGAACCCGAGCUCCGAUCUCCACAGGACUUGUUGAGCUUCCAAGCAGCUAGCAGCAGCAUCGAGCGCUAGCAGUCCAUUUGGAUUUUGGUUUGGAAUUGGAAGCAAGCAAGACGUCCAAUUCCCAGUCCUCACCAAUCAAAUCAACCUGCAGAUGGCAACGCAGUGGUUCUCCAACAUGGUGGUGGACGAGCCGAGCUUCUUCCACCAGUGGCAGUCGGACGCGCUGCUGGAGCAGUACACGGAGCAGCAGAUCGCGGUCGCGUUCGGCGGCCACGGGGGUCUGGACCUCGACCUCGACCUGGACCUGGACCACGGCGUGGCGACGCCGCCGCCGCUGCAGCGAGUACCCGCGCCGGCGGCCGACCACCGCCCGCGCAAGGCGGCCAGGGGCAACGCCAGCUGGGACUCGUGCGUCACGGAGCAGGGCUCCCCCGACGACUACUCCUCGCCGACCAUCCUCUCCUUCGCCGGCCACCACGCCAAGGCGCCCAAGCAGGAGCUGCUCGACGCCGCCGCCGCCGCGCUGCCGUCGUUCCAGCAGGCGCGCCCGGCGCCCAAGCGCUCCUACGACGACAUGAUGGCCGAGGCCGCCAGGUCGCCGGCGGCCGCCGCACGCCCGGCCUCACAGAACCAGGACCACAUCUUGGCCGAGCGGAAGCGCCGCGAGAAGCUCAGCCAGCGCUUCAUCGCGCUCUCCAAGAUCGUCCCGGGCCUCAAGAAGAUGGACAAGGCAUCCGUGCUCGGCGACGCGAUCAAGUACGUGAAGCAGCUGCAGGACCAGGUGAAGGGGCUGGAGGAUGACGCCCGGAGGCGCCCGGUGGAGGCGGCGGUGCUGGUCAAGAAGUCGCAGCUGUCCGCCGACGACGACGAGGGCUCCUCCUGCGACGACAACUCCGUGGGCGCCGAGGCCUCCGCCACGCUUCUGCCGGAGAUCGAGGCCCGGCUGUCGGGCCGCACGGUGCUGGUGAGGGUCCACUGCGACAACCGCAAGGGGGUGCUCAUCGCCGCCCUCUCCGAGGUGGAGCGCCUCGGCCUCUCCGUCAUGAACACCAAUGUGCUCCCCUUCACCGCCUCCUCCCUCGACAUCACCAUCAUGGCCAUGGCUGGUGACGACUUCUGCUUGUCUGCAAAGGAUAUUGUCAAGAAGCUAAAUCAAGCAUUCAAAUCACCCUUCUGAUGGGAUUAGCUUAAUCUAUGUCAACUUUUUUCCCAUUAGCCUUAAGGAUUUGAGGCUAAUGGUUAGGUUAUCAGGUCCUUCCUUGCCUUUGCUUCCGAAGAGAGUUGCUUGCAGUCCCCAAGAGUCCCCCCACACAAAGAUAGCCAUUUCCACUGGUUUUUUGCUACAUGGGUGCAGAGAUUGAUCACCUAGCUAGUUACCUACUUACCAUCCCAUUUUAUCUGUCUCUCCAGUUUUUUACAUGGUUUGAUGUUGUCACUCCAUGUUUUUGGGAGAGAGCAGAUUGUAAAAAAAAAACAGCCUUUUUUUCUAGGGCUUUGCUAUAUAGGCCUGGGGAGUUUGACUUUUACAAACCUAAUUUUUCUUUCUCCCCUUCGCCCGUAUGUUGCCCUUUAAUUCACCUUGUUUUUUCCAUGAGAGGAUGGUGUUUUUCAAACACCAGCACCUACCUUCGCCGUCCUCUCAACCUUGAUCACACUGCUCCCAGAAAAAGCUUCAGUUGUGGAGAAAAUGGCGCCGUCUUUUUUUUUAAUCAGCUCUGAGGGGGACUUUGCAAGCCUUGAUUUGGAAGUACUGUAGGGAUGCCUCACUUCUAUUGUUUCUGUUUUUUUUGAGGGUCCUACAAGUUGGCCGCCACUUGAAACUUGAUGGAGCCUUUGCCUAUAGUUUUCACAUGUGAGUUUUGUUGUCACAGGACAGGAUGAAGGUGUAGUUGUUGUCAUCUCUUGUUUACUCUCAUAGAAGCAUAAAUAAAUAAAUGUGCUCGUU